AUGGAGGAGGAGGGGAACGAGAGCACAAGGUACCACGAAGCAAUGCUGAAGCUGCCGCUCUACUCAUGUGUGAUAAAGGAGCUUAUCUGGCUUAAAAAGGUGACGAAAUCGAAACAGUUUUUGAAAAAAACAAUAGAAGAUCCACAGCUCUUAAAGGAUUUUUCAAUACUGAAGACAAUAAGAGCAGAUGAGGAAAACGUAACGGUGAAGGAGAAUGGGCAGCUGAAAAAAAAAACACAAGUAAAUUUGGAAAGACAAUUGAAGUUGUACGAAGAUCUGCAGUGGAGCAGAGUGCCAGGAUACUUCUGGCCAGUACACUCAGGAGACUACUCGCCGCUGAGCCCAGACGGAGAAUUCGUGGACAGGCACGGAAAGUUAGGGCUGGACUUCUGGCAGUGGAACAGAGAAACGUCGCCACUGGGUUAUAUACCGCCACUGUGUACAUGUAAGAGGACGGAGGACUGCGUAACUGCAGUUAAAAAAUGGAUCAAAAACAUGAAGUUGGAGUACGAGCACAGAGUGUGCGAUAACGAAGUGUGCAGAGGAAUGUUGUACGUACCGUACAGCCUCUUGGAGAUACCACUUAACAGAGCAAUAAGUAACGGAAGCGAGUUCGCACAGAAAGUUAAGGUGCCAAACGAAACGGACGUGUACUGCGGGAACAUGAAGCACACAAUCAUACUAUGCACGACGAGCAGAAGGCACGAGAAGAAGUGCAUGGAAGCAAUAGAGCUGAGCGACGUGCCUUCGCCGCUGAUAUACGACGUGGACUGCGAGGACUUCGUGCCCUACUUCAAGAAGCACAACGACCACUGCAAGGAGUCCCCGCUGAUGACAGUGGAGCCGAUCGACUCGGACGUCUCGGACUCGGAGCAGAGCUACGGCAUGGGACAAAUGUUCGCAAUAAGAAGGCUGAACAGCCGAGUGAUGUUUGAAAAGUAUGACCAGAGCACGAAGAAGACGGCGCCAGUGGACGACCUGUUGCUGAAGGCAUGGGAAAAGAUAGGCGCCACGCGGAAGUCGCAAGACGCUGAAGAUGAGGAGAAGGAGGAUGCAAGUGAACAGGUGGCAGGAAAAAACACUCAAGGUAAGCACGAGGAUGAGCUGGAAGUGGAGAUAGAGUUGAAAGAAGACUUCCCGGACUCUAUCGCAGAAAAGGCGGCCAUGAAAGCAGCAAGGAGUGCCGCAAACACAGAUAAAACAGGCCCUGUACACAGUAAAGCCAGUAUGGACUCAGAAAGAGGUAGAAUAAAGAGUGAAAGGGCGGGAGUAAAGUCGGAAUUGAACCGAGAACGAGAGUCGCAUUCAGACUCACAGUCAGGCAUGAAGGCGAAAGAAAGGUCACAUGUAAAGCAGGAGCAUAAACAAGAGGAAUUUAAAUCGGAAAUUAAACAAGAAUUAAGUGCGGAAGUAAAAGGAGAAGUAAAAAGGGAACUAACAGAGAUGGCAGAAGACACAGUGGACCGUUCAUCAGAAUACUCAGAAGAAUCCGGCGCGGACGAGGAUAGCGACGAGGUGCUGGAGAAGCUGAAAGAACAGGCUUUCAAGGUGUAUCGCCUAAUAGAGUCGUUCUCAAGCGACCGAAGACCGCUUAAGUUAACACUGAGGAGCGUCGCUGGUAGAGAAGAGUUGACCAAAAGAUCAAAUGAUACAGUGAACCUGGAGGACCCGAGCACGCCGAAAAGGCAAAUCAAGGUGACGUAG